CGGGCAGGUGCCAACAUGGCAGCGGCGGGCGCAGGCGGAGGGGACGCGGCGGCUGGGGUGGCGGCUGGAGUCGUCGGCCCCCCAGCGGGACACCACCAGCCUGGGCUGUCCAGCGCAAGUCACCACCGCUGGUUGAAGCAGGCCUCGCUGGCUGUGCUGGUGGUGCAGAACGCCUCGCUGAUCCUCAGCAUCCGUUACGCCCGGACCCUCCCCGGGGACCGCUUCUUCGCCACCACGGCCGUGGUCAUGGCGGAAGUGCUGAAGGGAGCCGCCUGCCUUCUGCUGCUGUUUGCCCAGAAGAGGGGGAACGUGAAGCAUUUUGUGCUCUUCCUGCACGAGGCGGUCCUGGUCCAGUAUGUGGAUACGUUGAAGCUGGCAGUGCCCUCCCUCAUCUACACCCUCCAGAACAAUUUGCAGUACGUGGCCAUCUCCAACCUGCCUGCCGCCACCUUCCAGGUCACGUACCAGCUGAAAAUCCUCACCACAGCCCUGUUCUCAGUCCUCAUGCUCCGCCGGAGCCUGUCCAGGCUACAGUGGGCCUCCCUGCUCCUGCUCUUCCUGGGUGUGGCCCUGGUCCAGGUCCAGCAGCAGCCUCCGUCCGCCUGUUUGGCUUCCAGGUGGAUCCACUCUUUGCACUGGGGGCCGGCCUGGUCAUCGGGGCCGUCUACCUCUACAGCUUGCCCCGAACUGCUGCCGUGGUCACCCCUCCCCCUCUGAACACAGCGCCGCUGGCCAGUGGCCGCCAUGCGGACCCUGAGGAGGAGCCCUUCCUGCCCAAGUCAGUACUGGGGAAGUGACAUCUGGGAGCAGAGCUGGAGUUUGGGGAGACACCAGGGGAUCCACAUCUUCCCAGCCCUUCCCCCUAGUUCUCCACUGCCACACACCCCAAAAGAACCCAUCUCCCUCCCUGCCUCCCUUGGCCCAAGGCCUCUUGGGGUACUCUGACUCUUGCUGGCCCCUGUGGCAGGGUCUAUGUAGAGACCGAUCUGAAAGAUGCUCUAAGAUCCUAGUGGGGCAAGAGUGGCUAAUUACUUUUCUUCCCUUCCUGUGCUUUGCCACAUCUGACUGGGCCCCUCCUUCAGGGCCUUACCCAGCUCUCUGGGGGUCAGUAUUUGCUCUUCCUUUCUCCACAUUCAAUGCCCUGACUUCUACCCCUUCCCAGCCUCAUCCUCAGGGUCUGCACCAUGCUAGAUGGGGCAUCGGGACAUGCUUCCCAGCACCCGUUUCCCGUAAUCCAGUGUCUUCUCCAUUUCCACGGUUGGGCUUCCUUCUUUUCACAUCAUUCAAAGCCUUCCUCUCAAAUCCCUGUUCUAGUCUCAUCUCAGGCUCCAAGCUAGCCAGGGAAAAGUUCCCUUACUAACCUUUUCCAGCAUUUGAUGUCUCACAACAGAAUGGCCUAACCUCCGUUUCCUUUUGUCCAGGGCUAGCUUCUGGGGGGGAGGGGCAGGAGAGGGAGCUUUCUGGUUCCCUGCCCCAUCUCUAAUCCCCAAAGGGGAAGUGAUUCAGGAGGGGUGUCCCAUUGGAUACCUUAUGGGAUUGGGGAUGGAUGGUGCAAUAAGACUAAGAAGGGAGAUCGGGCUGGACGGGAAAAGGGCAUUAGCCGAUCUCUCAAAAGAGUCCUGGGUUACAAAUUCAGUCAGAACGUGAACUAGAGAAGGGUACAGAGGAGUUGGGAGGACGAGAGAAAAAAAGGCCCAUCUGAGACCAAAGAUGAUUAUUGGUUGGGGGGGGGGGGGGAGAGAGAUGGGGUUCAAGCUUUAGAUUCUAAAGGUGUCCGUCCAAUCAUGAGUCAGAAAGUAAUUUUGUCCCCUUCCCUCCCCCUCACUGUGAUUAACCUGUUAACCUACCAUUCCCUAAAGGCCAGGGAGGGGAGGGGCUCCUCCCACUGCUUGGCCAGGUUUUCUGAAGGGAAAGGGAGGGAAGGGGAAUGAUCACCAGUUCUAAUUUUUUAAAGACAGGAAAACGAUCCAUCUCUUCGUUGGCUGGGUGAUGCUGGGCAGGAUCAAGUGUACAAAUGCCAAAAUAAAGAAAUUAUAUUUAUGUA